AUGGUGGUCCGCUUGGUUGUUGGCGAGAAUGGAACCAAACGCAAGAAAACCACAGCACCAACCACAGCACCAACUAUCAACAACACAGUCGUCAACCUUAGCAAGAUACAACUCACCAACCAACAGGUCAGUACCCUUGCCAAAGGUCUCAAAUUUGCCCCUGCAUCACCCAAAAUCAACUCGGACAUGUUUAUCGCCAACAUUGAAAAGGGUCUCCAACAACUUGCACCCGGUGGAAAGGUUGACUUCCUCCGACACCAGAUCACCAGUAUUCUCCACAAAGCCCAGCCUCAGAAACCAAACAUCACACCAGCUCAGAAACAAGCCAUCAGACAACUUAAACAACAUCCUGAUAUUGUCAUCGCCCCAGCCGACAAGGGCAGAGCCACUGUUGUCUUAGACAAGGACCACUUCCACUCCAUGGUGGAUAACCUCCUAGAUGACACCUCAACCUACCAAAUGAUGAAGAGGAUCCGACUACAAAGCUCAACCGUCAGCAUAAGGCCACGCUAA